AUGAAGUGCUUCACUCUGUUCCUACUUCUUCUUAGUAUUACCUUUAAGAUUACUGUAGCAGAAGUAGCAGUUAGUUCCUCAAAAGAACUGGAAGACUGCUUGAAGAAGAACGCCAUUAAUUAUUCACAAUUCUCCGAACAAGAAUGGUUAUCUUUGUGUCUGAAAUAUUACUUAAACAAAAAGGUCGCAGAAGCUCAAAGCACUGAACCUAAAAUUAGCUUGUGGGCCGACGUACGAGGAAGAGAUUAUAUUAAUUCGUUGAUUGAUCGAUUUUCUGCCGAAGCUCGAAAUGCUUCUUCAAAAAGGAUUCGUAAAGAAUACAGAAUGUUAACUGACGAAGAAAGGCAAAAUUAUCACACCGCUAUUCGGAUGUUAAGAGAUGAUACAAGUGUUUUACCUAAUAAAUUUGAAAUUAUUGCGGAUCUUCAUAACGGUCAAGUAACUAAUUCAGCUCAUGGUGGUCCUGGAUUUCUCCCUUGGCAUAGAGUGUAUAUGAUGAUUUGGGAAGAAGCUCUCCGUGAAAUGAUCCCAUCCGUCGUCGUACCGUAUUGGGAUGUUUCCAGAGAUAGUGCCUUAGACGACCCAAGACAAUCUAUUAUCUGGAGUUCAACAUUCCAGGGUCAUUCUGAAGGAUUGGUCACUGACGGUCCCUUUGCAGAUUUCCCAACAGCUUUCGGCCCUUUACUCAGAAGCUAUGGAGUUUAUACUCAUCUUCCAGUAUUCAGAGAUAUUACUUUAGUUUUUACACAGGAUACGCUGGCUCAAAUUUCUCAAAUUACAGCAGAUCAUAUUCGUUACGUUUUCGAGAUUUAUCACAAUAAUAUUCAUGACUGGAUUGGUGGCACUGUUUCGAUUCAAGCGUGGGCUUCUUUCGAUCCAGCGUUUUUACUGAUUCAUGGUUAUGUUGAUUAUAUUUGGCAGCGUUUUCAAGAUAAACAGUUAAGGGAUGGUAUUAAUAUCGCAGGGGAUUAUCCUUUGUUUCAUUCUCUGUUGCAAGGGACUGACUUUGAAGCAGACGAUCCAAUUGGCUUAAUUGAAGGAAUGUCCAAUGCUGAAGCCGUAGCAGAAUCCAACGUUUAUAGGAAUCUUAUUGGCUACGAAGAUGCUCAGUUGGAAUGCGAUCUUCAAAAUCCUUGUCCAUCUCAGUUUUAUCAAUGUGUGAAUAAUACCUGCAUAUCAAUGACAAGAGAUGUAAAUUUAUGUAACGCAUUGUCUCCGAUACAGAAUAACUACUGCGUCAACAAAAAUUGUGACAUUGACCAGUUUUCUUUCAUCGCAGUUGAAGUCAUCCACGAACGUCUCGAAAAUGAAUGUGAUAUGGGCAACUUCCCAGUCAGGCAGCAGGUUGCUGAUAAAGCUAUGGAUAUUUAUAGAGAAAGUGCAUUUCUAAUACAUCAAAAUAAAUACACGAAUACACCGUCAGAUAUGUGUGGACGUCCGGCAGGUUGUUGUAAGCCAGUUGAAAGAGUUAAUAUCCAAACAAUGGGCAAUGACGGCGAUUUAUGGCUUUACAGAGAAUCAGCGUACGUUGACACACGGUUCGCUGUCAGUCACUCACAAACGUUCGUUGCAAUAAGACGGCUCCCGUUUAGUCGUUUUUUUCUCAGUGCAGCUGACGAAUAUGGUAAUCUGUGUAACACAUAUCUCAUCGACGAUAACGGUAAUAAAAUCCGUUUAGAGAACAAUGAAGGUGUAAUAGUUUCAGAAGAUGAUCCUCGAGUAAGAAGAACUUUAGCCGAAGCUGAGCUCAAUAUUUAUGAAUACGACUCAAAUAACAAUGAAUUUCAACCAACUGUUCGUCAUGAUCGAUAUUUGUUUUCGAUUUACUGCAGAGCAAAUCGAAACGAAUUGAAUUCAGGCAGUGAGUGA